AUGGCAUCCAGAAAGACUAGAUCAUCGACUGCAAAGGCAUCGACAGAGAAGCCUGUUGAAUCCCCUAAGACAACUAAAGUCAGCAAAUCUACUAAAUCGACAAAGCCAAAUAAGACUUCAAAGACAUCCAAGAACGUGGUUGAAGAUUCAAAGCCAGAAGCGCCAAAGAGCACCAAUUCAAACAUGAUUAAUGAUGAAGAAGUAGUCCAAGCAAUAAAUAUCAAAGACAAAGCGAUUGAAAAUGCUGUCUCUGCAUUAUCUAAAUGGAAUAAAAAGCAACAAGAAACAUCUGCUAAAAAGAACUUGUUCGAUGAAGACGACGAAGAGAUCCCAGUUUACUUACAAGUCACAGCAAACAAAUACUUGUCAAAAUCCAACGUUUUGAAACCACGUAUGAUCACCGUUCCACAUCCUAUCCACGAUCUUGAUGAUGCUCGUGUUUGUAUUUUCGUUAAAGAUGACCUUUUGGAUGAAGAGUCAGCUGCGAGAAUUGAAAUAUUAAAGGAAAAUGAAUUGAAAAAUUUAGCUCAAAUUAUCACUGUUAAAGAUUUAAAGACCAAGUAUAAUGCAUAUGAGAAAAGACGUCAAUUGUUAUCUGAAUAUGAUAUCUUCUUAACCGAUUCUUCCAUUGCCAAUAUGAUUCCAAAGCUACUUGGUAAGAUCUUCUUUGAAUCUUCAAAGCUCCCAUUAACUAUUUCGGUAACAGAGAAUAAGAAACUCUCUGUUGAUAAGUUUGUCAAGAAUUUCCAAAAGGCAUUGAAUUCUAUUGGAUUUAUUCUACCAAUGGGUAUCAAUAUGGGUUUCAGAUUAGGCAUGCUAGGUCAAGAUAUCAAUAACAUGAAAGAAAAUAUUCAUGCUAUUGCUAGAUUCCUUGAAAGAUUUAAUAUACGAUUGAUCCAACUGAAGUUAACGGAUUCCCCCUCCCUUCCAAUUUACAUUAACAAAAAAAUCUUCACCGAAGAUGAUGUUCUUAAGACUGAUGAUACUCAAAACGAUGGAAAUAGACUUAAUGAUAUACCUUUAUCCAUCUAUGCUGAAGGUUUGAAGGAAUUAGGAUUAGAUGAGGAAGAAGCUAAUCAAAUAUUUGGCAGGAAGAGAAAGUCCGACCAACUGAAGGACGACUCAAAGACCACAACUACUAAGAAGAGUAAAAACUAA